GGAACUUGAAGAGCGCUGUAUGAGUAGAGGCGUGUUUUAGUAUGCAGGGACAGCCCAAAAGUGUGCUGACAGCAGCCUGGACUGUGCCACAUUCCUAUGAGACAAACCAUUACUGCGAGCCAGGAGUGGUGCUGAAGGAGGGACUACUGGGGCUGAUGGGUAUUUUAGAGCUGGCAGUCUUUAUAUAUGUGUGUUUAGAGUGGUGUAGUGUUUACCACAGCACUAAUAGGAUUGAUUCUGAGACAUGGAGCUAUGAGUGCUGCAGGAGCCUGAAUGGGAUGUGCUGAACUGACAUAAUGUUAUGCCUGGAAAAUUCAGACAAUGGAUUUCAAUAAAUUCCCCCUGUGCUGAAGUCCAGGAAACAACUAAUAUAAUUCUCAUAAACAAGAGGUGUUUCAGAUAGAUGUGGAUUUGCUCAUAGCAGCUGAUCCAUGGAAACCACACGUAGAUCCAUGAAUCUUACUUUCUCCAUGGAGGACAAAAAUGGAAAUAACAUCACUUGCCCCAGUGCGCAUUCCCCCGAUUCACUCAGGGGCUCUAGCAGUUUGAGUUGUGGCAGUUCAGAAAGUCCUCCUGAAGUGGAAAUGGAAGGCUGUAUCCCUUUCCCAACAAAAGGUGAAACUUCUUCAAAGGUAGUGAAAUCAAGUGGCGCAAUUGCUGUAGACUUUGUCAAAUCAAACAUUGACAACUGGAAUGAGAAUAUGACUAUUUUGAUAGUGGACCCAAAAAACACUCAAUACAAUGGCUGUGACCGGAGCUCAGAAACCUCCCCAGACUGUGGUGAGCGAGAGCUGUCUGAGGUGAACUCCUGCAAGCCAUCAUGUCGUGGAUCCAGUGAGAACUGCUGCUCCGUCAGCUCUGAUGAGAUGGUCAUGAGGAGUAACAGCUUUCUUCUGCACGAGAAUGAUCAGCCUCUUAGCAUCUCACUGAUUGGGGAGUCGAGAACCUCUGUGGAUAUAUCUUCAGAUCUCAAUGUCGUAUCUGGCACGCUACCUGAUGUGUGCGAGGGCCUAGCUGAGGUGCCACAAGAAAAGCCCAAGAAUCAGGGUACCUACAUCCAACCAAACAAUCAGACAUUUCUCAUAGAUGAAAAGUCAUUGAGCGUUGAGAAACUUGAAUGUGGCACACCUGUUCAUUAUCACAAAUCCAAUAAAAAUGUGGAAAAGUUGGCAUGCAGCAGUGGUGGAUCCAAUCACUCAACCCCAUUGGAGGGAAAAACUGUGCUGCUUACUGCCUCUGGGGAUCUAGACAUCAGUGGCAAUGCUCAAACCUCAACUCCAGUGCAGUCUGUGAGUAACAAGACAUUUUGCCUCCCAUCUUUAUCUGAGUCACCUCUGAACCAAGAUGAAUGUGAUUCAGUGAGUCCAAUGGCUCAAGUUAUCCAUCAGAAACAAGGCGCUGCCUCCCAAAAGCCCAAAACACCCUUGACGUCAGCCAGUAAAAGCAAUAAGAUAGAAAUAAAACGUUUUCCAAAGCCUAACUUCAGUAAUAUAAAGUCUAAAAUUAUGUCACAUGCCAGCAACCCCUUCAAGACAUCAAGUGCACGAGUUCCAAAGAAUUCAUCAAAUGCUGUCACUCAAAAUAAUGAAAGCCAGACUAUGGACCAACAUAAGUCAUCUCCUACCAAAUCCACUUUUACUGCAGAAACCAGCACAUCUACCACAUCCGCUCAACGUGUAAAGAGCUCUAAUGCAGCUAAAAGAACUCGCUCAUCAACUUGCCAAGAAAAUGGUCUGGCCUCAAAAUCUCGACCUCGCCGAUGGUCUGAAAGUGCUACGUCUUUCAAAACAAGUAAAGAUGGAUCACAAGAGAAGAGUCCACAGGUCAGUGGAGUCUCGAACAGCCUUGUCACACCACAAAAAAACACUAAAAGAGGUGCUCAGAAUCAGGGUGAGAGACCUGCAGAAAACGAGUCAAAUAGAGAGGACACACAGGGGAAUGAGUCUCUGAAGGUCCGAGGGAAGAAUCAGAAAGUGAGUCUGUUGGUGGGGUCUGCCAGGCCAGCAACGGCAGCAGCAUGUGAGUGGAGUAGAAGCAGGCUUGGCCCCCAGCCAUCGCCAGCCAGGACAAGAGGCGCUUCUGCUGCUCACCUACAACCACCACCUUCAGCCUCUAAGAUCAAACCUGGUACAAGAGGAAAAGACGCCAGCAGUACCACUGACAUGCCUUCACCCAGAAGCAAACAGAGCACAUCUGAUGUUAAGCAAAAAAUCAAUUUAACUGAAGGUGCAAGUGCAGUUUCAAGAUCCCAGUCAAGAUCUGCUGUGUUCACAGCUCCAGCAUCAGCCUCCAAACUGUCCAUGAAACCCAAAUUACAGACCAAGAACUCCAGUACUUCUCAUUCAAAUGGACAUGCAAAGCAAGACCAUGCUGAGCCCUCUAUGGGAACCUUGAGUAAACCUUCUAACAGGACCACAUUGUUAAGGACCAAGCUGCAGUGUCCACCUAUCAGGAGUGUAUCAUCAGGAGUAGGAUACAAAAACACAUCUCCAUCAGGUUCAUCAAGGUCUUCAUGCAGUCCUCUGAAAACCCCAACCACAGCCAGACUCAUGAGACCUACUGCUACUCCAACAGUUGACAAGAACAAGUCAAGGACGAGUUCCCAAAACCAGCAGCCCCCAACAAACCGGCAACCGGAUCUGGUACCGCCAGAGAGUAAGUCCAGAAAUGUGGAGUACUACAAGGCUCUGUGUGAGAAGAAGAACCAGACCGUCCAGCAGCUGGAGAACACGCUCCGAUGCAACAAUCGUAGGUUUGAGGCUGUUGCUGUGGUCAUAAAGCAUCUAUGUGCUGGGCAUGAGGAGAUGAUGAAGCAGCGCAGGGAGCUGUCUCAGGAGCUGGUCACCUUGCGUGAGGAGCUGGUGAGUUCGGCUCACUCCUGUGAGCGUCUGGAGCAGGACAAGGAGGAGCUGCGUGCUGCUUUUGAUGGAGUUCUACAGAAGGUCCAGGAGCAGCACCGCUCGGACCUCGCUGACCUCGAGGAGAGACUGAAGACCUUUUACUCCACUGAGUGGGAGAAGGUCCAUCAGACUUACCAGGAGGAGGCUGACAAGUGCAAAGCUCAGAUGGAGCAGCAGCUAAAAGAGUUGCGAGCAAAACACGAGGCUUUGAAGAAGGAACUGGAAGUCAGCCAUAUGGAGGAGGUAGAUGGCCUUAAACAACAGUUUGAAGAGACUUUCAAAGAACUGAAACAGUCCCAUGAAAAGGAAAUGCAGUCUCUCAACGCAACACUGAAGGAAUCAGAGGACACGUUAUCUGAUCGAAUACAGGAGCUCAUGACUGAAAAUAACAACCUCAAAGAAAAGCUGAAUGCUGAGGUGAAGAGAAGGAUGGAUUUGGCUGAGAAAACACAGGACUCCCAUACUCUUUAUCUGGAGCAGGAGCUUGAAAGCCUUAAAGUAGUGCUGGACAUCAAAAACAAACAGAUCCAUGAACAGGACAAGAAACUCUUGCAGAUAGACAAACUGAUGGAGAGGAAUGUGAAGCUGGAUGAAUGUCUUAAGAAACUCCAACAGGAAAACGAGGACCUCAAAGCCAGAAUGGACAGACAUGCUGCUUUGUCAAGACAACUGUCCACAGAGCAGGCGGUUUUGCAGGAAUCCCUCCAGAAGGAGUCCAAAGUGAACAAACGCCUGUCUAUGGAGAAUGAAGAGCUGCUCUGGAAGCUCCACAACGGUGAUCUGAGCAGCCCCCAAAAGGUCUCCCCUUCCCCGUCCCUGAAUCUCCAGUCACCACGGCACUCUGGGACAUUCUCCAGCCCUCCCGUCUCACCCAGAUAACAAUGGCCUUCAGCUUCCAGGAAGCACUUUCAUACAGGACAGAGCGCUUCCUGCAUGCUGAAGCUGGUCUGGACCAUGCUCUCAAUAUGGAAUGAGCUUUCUUGACUUAUACAGAAAACUGAAGACUAGAUUGCACUGAAGCACUUACCAAUGAGACCACCCUCAUACUUUGCCUUUCACAUCUGGCUAUGGAGGAAAAAUGAAAUAUCUCAGGGCUUAUAGAAGGUUUCUCUCGAAUGUAUGUUUUAUAUUUUUUCCCCUCCUGGAUUACUUUGUUUCCUGAAGUUCCUGACUUUUACUGCCUCUCUAUAGAGGACUGACAUUCGAAUUCACUACUGGGGCCUUUAUCAACUCAUGAAGCUUUCCCACCAGACGCCUUGAAGUAAACCUUUAUAAACCCAGAUUUAUCUUUUGCUCUGGGACAAAUGUCCAAAUGCCAGCGGGCCAGUGAACAUUUCCCAGAUGCUGCUGCUCGUGUAGCAAUUGGUUUCCCAUUAUUUUACGCAGGACCUCAGACCCCAGAUGAACCUUUCACUUCAUAGAUCAACAUGCCAUAAACUGACUGUUACUAUUUACUCAAAUGGAAAUAUUCACUGAUCUCAACCAGGUGUUCUUAAAACUUUAUGCAACAGUUUUUUCAUGUUAAUGUCUUGCCUUUAUUUUUGAUUUUGUAAAUGUUUUUUUUUUUCAAUCACACAUUAAGAACUGCAACUAGGUAAGCUUUGCCCAAAUCAUGAUGCAUGUUUCAUCACAGAUUUGCUCUCCAUAUCACUCAUAUAUGCAUAGAAGAGAUGCAAAUACAGUGACUGAGGCAGAAUGAAUUAUUAAUAGUUGAUUAAAUGUCUUGAAUGUUUUGAAUAAUGUCUGUAUAAAGUUUGAAUUCCUCACUUGGCAAUCAGAGAUGCAGUCUAAUGGCAAUGGAAAAAUGAAAUGGCAUGUCAUUGGGCAGCCCUGUGACUGAAGGCAUGUACUAUUGGGAUUAAGCAAUUUUGCUGAAUACGGGUUUUGUUGUCUUAUUCAGUAUGGAUGAGCUGCAGGGGACAGAUUUGAGUGUGUGUUUGUUUUUAUUUCAAAAUGUAGGUGUGAUCAUGAGACCGUAAUGACCGAGCAUGUUCCAGUGGCCUCUGUCUGUGCAGCUUUACAUUCAAGCUAUUUACAAAGAAGUUAAAUAGCAAAAGAAGAACAUUUUUUAUGGUAUGUAUUGCUAAGCUGUUUGUGUGGAUGUUGGUGUGAAACUGAAACUCAUGAAAAUAUGCAAUUAAUAAAGAAUUAAAUUAAUCUGUG